AGUGGGUGGGGAGUGUUGUUAACCGGGGUCGCCUCCGCAGUCGCGGGGUUUGAGCGGGCUCGCGGCGCUGGGCUCCUGGUCCCGAGGCCAGGGCAAUGUUCCGCACCGCCGUGAUGAUGGCGGCCAGCCUGGCGCUGACCGGGGCCGUGGUGGCUCAUGCCUACUACCUCAAGCACCAGUUCUACCCCACCGUGGUGUACUUGACCAAGUCUAGCCCCAGCAUGGCAGUCCUGUACAUCCAGGCCUUCGUCCUUGUCUUCCUCUUGGGCAAGGUGAUGGGCAAGGUGUUCUUCGGACAGCUGAGGGCAGCAGAGAUGGAGCAUCUUCUGGAACGCUCCUGGUAUGCUGUCACUGAGACUUGUCUGGCCUUCACUGUUUUUCGGGAUGACUUCAGCCCCCGCUUUGUUGCGCUCUUCACUCUCCUUCUCUUCCUCAAGUGUUUUCACUGGCUGGCUGAGGACCGUGUGGAUUUUAUGGAACGCAGCCCCAAUAUCUCCUGGCUCUUUCACUGCCGCAUUGUCUCCCUUAUGUUCCUCCUGGGUAUCCUGGACUUCCUCUUCGUCAGCCAUGCCUAUCACAGCAUCCUGACCCGUGGGGCCUCUGUGCAGCUGGUGUUUGGCUUUGAGUAUGCCAUCCUGAUGACUAUGGUGCUCACCAUCUUCAUCAAGUACGUGCUGCACUCUGUGGACCUCCAGAGCGAGAAUCCCUGGGACAAUAAGGCCGUGUACAUGCUCUACACGGAGCUGUUUACAGGCUUUAUCAAGGUUCUGCUGUACAUGGCUUUCAUGACCAUCAUGAUCAAGGUGCACACUUUCCCUCUCUUUGCCAUCCGGCCUAUGUACCUGGCCAUGAGGCAGUUCAAGAAAGCUGUGACAGAUGCCAUCAUGUCUCGCCGAGCUAUCCGCAACAUGAACACACUGUAUCCAGACGCCACCCCAGAGGAACUCCAGGCGAUGGACAAUGUCUGCAUCAUCUGCCGAGAAGAGAUGGUGACUGGUGCCAAGAGACUGCCCUGCAACCACAUUUUCCACACCAGCUGCCUGCGCUCCUGGUUCCAGCGGCAGCAGACCUGCCCCACCUGCCGUAUGGAUGUCCUUCGGGCGUCGCUGCCGACCCAGUCACCGCCGCCCCCUGAGCCCGCGGAUCAGGGGCCACCACCUGCCCCCCACCCCCCGCCACUCCUGCCCCAGCCCCCCAACUUCGCCCAGGGCCUCCUGCCUCCCUUCCCUCCAGGCAUGUUCCCGCUGUGGCCCCCCAUGGGCCCCUUUCCUCCUGUCCCACCUCCCCCCAGCUCCGGAGACGCUGUGGCCCCUCCGUCCACCAGUGCAGCCCUUUCUCGGCCCAGUGGAGCAGCCACAACCACAGCUGGUUCUGCUGCCUCUGCCCCAGCACCUGGCUCGGCCUCCGCCCCUGACGCUGGCCCCGCCCCAGGCUUCCCCUUCCCUCCCCCCUGGAUGGGCAUGCCACUGCCUCCACCCUUUGCCUUCCCCCCGAUGCCUGUGCCUCCUGCCGGCUUUGCUGGGCUGACCCCAGAGGAGCUGCGGGCUCUGGAAGGCCACGAGCGGCAGCACCUGGAGGCCCGGCUACAGAGCCUGCGCAACAUCCACACGCUGCUGGAUGCCGCCAUGCUGCAGAUCAACCAGUACCUCACCGUGCUCGCCUCCCUCGGGCCCCCCCGGCCUGCCACCUCAGCCAACCCCACUGAGGAGACUGCCCCUACAGCUGUCGCUGCCGCCUUCUCCACCAGCACCCCCAGCUCUGAGGCCACCACCCCAUCCCUGGGAGCCUCCCCACCAGCCCCUGAACCUGAAAAGCCUCCAGCUCCUGAGUCCGCGGGCACCGAGGAGCUGCCUGAGGAUGGGGAGCCUGACGCAGCAGAGCUCCGCCGCCGUCGCCUGCAGAAGUUGGAGUCCCCUGUUGCCCACUGACACUGCCCCAGUCCUGGCCCCUGCCCCCACUCUUGAGCAGUCCUCGCUGGAACAUGUCCUGCCACCAAGUGCCAGCUCCCUCUCUAUCUGCACCAGGGAGUAGUAACCCCCAGCUCUGAGACAGAGGAGGUGGCAUCUGACCAAGUGGAAAGAGGCCUGAGGCCCCAGUUGACUCCAGCCCUUACAGUCCCGGGCAGCCAUGGGGAUCUUGGGUCAGUUCCAGCCUUCCUCUCCAACCCUUCAGCCCUGUGUUCUGCUGGGGCCACGAAGGCAGAAAGGUGCAGUGUCUGAGAAGCCCUCUGACCCCCCCCAACCCCCUGUCCGGGAGAAGGGGAGCCCCUCCGAGCCCCCCUUGUGUGUGGAGUCACGCUGCAGUGCCGAACAGUAUUAGCUCCCGUUCCCAAGUGUGGACUCAAGGGGCUGGAGGUAGGCCAGGAACUUGCUCCUGGGCCCACCCACCAAGACUGGUACUGAUGUCCUUUUCUUACCUGAACUCCCCAGGAGCCCUUUGUGGUGGUGGCUGUGCCCCUUGUGCCCUGUGGCAUUUCCAUGUCUUACUGGCAACCACACAACUCAGGGAAAGGAGUGUCUGGGGUGGAGGAGCAGGCCAGCAGCACUGAAGGGCCCUGCUCUGCCCCUCCCCCCCAGGCCCUUUUCUCCCUGCAGUUUGUCUAAGGUGAGACUGUCCCUGGUCUCACCCAGCAGCCACUGUGCAGCCUCACUCUAGGCUGAGGGCUCUUGUGUCUGCUUCUGAACCACUGCAAGCCCCAGAACCUACAGAAGGCAACUUCUUAACUUACAGAAUUUUUCUUGAGUUUAGAAGAAUUGGAAUUACUUCCUUGCUAUUGUCUUUUGGCUUAAAUUUUGUCUUUGAAUUUGAAUGCUUGACCCCAGGAAAGGGGAGCAGGAGUGCCAAGCUCCCUGUCUUUCCAGUUUAGAAAAGGCUCUGGGCCAGGUGGGGAUGACAGGAGCCAAGGCGUUGCCUGCCCCUGUCUUUUGCCCCUCGGUGUUGUGUUACAGGAGUUGCUGGAGACAGUUUCAGAUGAUUAUUUAAUUUGUAAAUAUUGUACAAAUUUUAAUAGCUUAAAUUGUAUAUACAGCCAAAUAAAAACUUGCAUUAAUGA